UCCCCAAGAGGCUCCUGGUUGGAAGCAGUGUGAUGCUGGUCUGACAGUCUGUCUGAUUCCUCCCAGAUGGAGCCAGCAGAGGAACAAGAUGCAGGAAACCACACCCUGCUGAGUGAAUUCAUCCUCUCUGGAUUGUCCAGCCGCCCAGAACUCCAGCACCUGCUGUUCUUCACAAUCUGCUUCAUUUACAGCAUGACUCUCAUUGGGAACCUCCUCAUCUGCCUGGCCACAGCUCACCCCACCCUCCACACGCCCAUGUACUUCUUCCUCCGCGUCCUGUCCUUCCUGGAUAUUUCCACAGCCUCAGUGGUCGUCCCCAAGAUGCUGGUAAACAUCCUGUCAGAGGACAGGAGCAUCUCCUACCUGGGCUGUGUCACCCAGCUCUACUGUGUGGUGUUCUUGGCGUCCACUGAGUGGUACCUGCUGGCAGCCAUGGCCUACGACCGCUACGUGGCCGUGUGCUGCCCGCUGAGGUACCCUGCCAUCAUGAGCACCAGGGCUUGCCUCUCCAUGGUGCUGCUCUCCUGCUGCAGUGGCAAGGUCGUGUCGGUGGUGCAGACAGCCUGGGUGUUCACCCUGUCCUUUUGUGGGCCCAGGAGGAUCAACUACUUCUUCUGUGACAUCCCCCCGCUGGUGCUGCUCUCGUGCGCGGACACGUCGCGCUACGAGCGGCAGCUGAUCUCAGCCACGGCGCUCGUCAUCUUCACGCCCUUCUGCCUCAUCCUGCUCUCCUACACCUGCAUCAUCUCCAGCAUCCUGAGGAUUUCCUCUGCAGAGAGCAGGCACAAGACCUUCUCCACCUGUUCCUCACACCUUACUGUGGUAACGUUGUACUGCGCCAGUGGGACUUUGAUUUACUUACAGCCAAAAUCCAGCAAUUCACAGGAGGCUAAGAAAGUCCUGGCUCUCAUAUACACAACUGUAAUUCCCACUUUAAAUCCCCUGAUUUACAGCCUGAGGAAUAAGGAAGUGAAAGAAGUACUAAUCAGAGGGAUAGCUGUGUUGAUGAAGAAAUAAAGAUUUUCUUGUCCAUGAA